AUGUCUGUUCCAUUUACUGCUAAAAAUGUUAGUUUGAGCAAGGGCCCAGACCCAAAGACAUCUCUUCAAACUGAGAGAGACGCUCAGAAGUUUAAUCCUCAAGCUAUGCAAUACUUUUUGGAAGGUUCCAAAGAAAGAGCUGAAUUGAUCAAAGCUUUGACUCAACAAAUGGAAAGAGAUCCAAUUUUGUGGACUGAUGGUUCUUACUAUGAUAUGAGUAAAGAACAAUUGAGAGAAUUUACUGCUGUCAAAAUCAACAGAAUUUCCAGAUAUUUGGAAGGUGAUUCUAUCGAUGUUUUCAACAGAAGGUUGUCAUUAGUUGGUGUUUUUGACCCAGCUGUUGGUACUAGAAUUGGUGUUAACUUGGGUUUGUUCAUUUCAUGUAUCAGAGGUAACGGUACUUAUGAUCAAUUGAAAUACUGGGCUUUGGACAAACACACUGCUCAUAUUAGAGGUAUUUACGGUUGUUUCGGUAUGACUGAAUUGGCUCAUGGUUCUAAUGUCAUGGGUCUUGAAACUACUGCUACUUUUGAUAAGGCAAACGACGAAUUCAUCAUCAACACCCCACACAUUGGUGCUACCAAAUGGUGGAUUGGUGGUGCUGCUCACUCAGCUACUCACUGUACUGUUUAUGCUAGAUUGAUUGUUGAUGGCGAAGAUUACGGUGUCAAGACUUUUGUUGUUCCAUUGAGAGACUCCAACCACGAUUUGAUGCCAGGUAUCACUGUUGGUGACAUUGGCGCUAAGAUGGGUAGAGAUGGUAUUGAUAACGGUUGGAUCCAAUUCUCCUCUGUCAGAAUUCCAAGAUUCUUCAUGUUGCAAAAAUUCUGUAAAGUUUCAAGAGAAGGUGAAGUUAUCUUGCCACCAUUGGAACAAUUGUCCUACUCAGCUUUGUUGGGUGGUAGAGUUAUGAUGGUUUUGGAUUCAUACAGAAUGUUGGCCAGAGUUUCUACCAUUGCUUUGAGAUAUGCUAUUGGUAGAAGACAAUUCAAAGGUGACAAUGUUGACCAAGACGAUGAAGAAGCUUUGGAAACACAAUUAUUGGACUACCCAUUGCAUCAAAAGAGAUUAUUUCCAUACUUGGCUGCUGCUUAUGUUGUUUCAGCUGGUGCCUUGAAGGUUGAAAGAACUAUUGAAGAAACCUUGUUGUUAUUGGAUGAUGCCGUUGAUGAAGGUGAUGAAGCAGGUAUCAUGAAGUCUAUUGAUGCUAUGAAGUCAUUGUUUAUUGAUUCCGGUUCAUUGAAAUCCACCUGUACUUGGUUAGCUGCUGAAGGUAUUGACCAAUGUAGACAAGCUUGUGGUGGACACGGUUACUCAGGUUACAAUGGUUUCGGAAGAGCUUAUAACGAUUGGGUUGUCCAAUGUACUUGGGAAGGUGACAACAAUGUCUUGGGUAUCAACAUUGGUAAGCCAUUGGUUAAGCACAUCCUUGCUAUUGAAGAUGACGGUAAAGUCGUCAAGGGUUCUUCAGAUUUCUUGAACCAAUUGAAAGAAUACACUGGCUCAGAAGCCAGCAAAGUUGUCUUGGACAAUGCUAAUGAUAUCACCGACCUCAAGACUUUUAUCAAAUCUUUGGAAGUUGCUAUCAUCAGAUUAUCUUAUGAAACUGGUAAGACGGUUAGAAAAGAAAACUUUGAUUUCGUUGGUGCUGAAUUGGUUAACAUUUCUAAAUUGAAGGCUCACCACUACUUGUUGAGUGAAUAUGCUAGAAGAGUUGACACUCAUGAUGACGAAAGCUUGAAACCAUACUUGUAUGACUUGGGUAGAGUAUAUGCUGCUACCGUCGUUUUGGACAAGUUUGCUGGUAUCUUCUUGACUUUUAACGUUGCUUCCACCAAUGCCAUCACCGACUUGGCUAAGGUUGUCAUUCCAAAAUUAUGCAAGCAAGUCAGACCAAAUGUUGUUGGAUUGACUGAUUCAUUCCAAAUGUCCGAUAUGAUGAUCAAUGCUGCUAUUGGUAGAUACGAUGGUGACAUUUACGAAAACUACUUUGAUUUGGUCAAGACCUUGAACCCACCAGCUAAACACAAGGCUCCAUACUCUGAAGCUUUGGAAGCCAUGUUGAACCGUCCAUCAAUUGAUGAAAGAGAAAGAUUUGAAAAGACCAUAGAAACUGGUGAAAUCUUGUCUAAGUAA